AAUAUUGAUUAUUAAUAGAUGCAUGCCUAAUUGGAUUAUAUUUUGAUUCAAAGCGGGAUAUAAAGCAUGCGUCCGUACUGUAACGGUAGGCCGAACUCAAUUGAUCCAAUAUCCAAUAAUAUUGUGAAAAUCCAAUAUAUUGGAUGACCAAUAUUAUUGAUCCCAAUAGAUUGGGUGAUCAAUAUAUUGUAUUGGUGCAUGCCUAUUAGUGGGUAAUAGUAAAACAAUGCGGACAUCCACUGAGAAACUCACGAGGUGAUAAAACGCUUUUUGCUCGGAGUCUAGCGGGUUAUAGGUUAUCGACCAUGUUGAUUCCGAAUAUGGCUAUGGGAGUGGCCCGUAGCCCAACGGGGAGAAAAACGGGUUCAGAGACCCGAUUUUCUGGAGAACCAGUUUUUCAGGAAAUCUAAGAAAGGUUCUGGUUAUAUUUUAACGCAGCAUGAUUGCAGCCCGCAAAUUUCUGAUUAAAAUGAGACAACUUCCAGCUCUACAUAACCUUUCUUUGUAAAGUUAUUGAAUUUACAAGAAAAGCCCUAAGUGUUCAUUGUCAGGUCAAAGCUACAGAAAUAAGAAGGAAAAAUUAAUUUAGGGCUUUUCUUGUAAAUUCUCUAAUUUUACAAAGAAAGAUCGUGUAAAGCUGGUGGAUGUCUGAUUUUAAUCAGAAAUUUGCGGGCUGCAAUCAUGCUUCAUUAAGAAAGGUUCUGGUUAUAUUUUAGAGUUUCUGAAAACCGAAUAUUCGAUGGGCUAAGGACCACCCUCAUGGUUCUAUUCAUAAUCAGCAUGGUCGAUAACCUAUAACCCGCCAGAUUCCGAGCAAAAAGCGUUUUAUCACCUCGAGAGGCUCCUUCGUCAGUUAUGCUCAAUUUUUUAUUCAUUGGAUGUAAGAGUGACGCAUUUUUGUUGAGGUUUGUAGUCUUUAUUUAUGAGCAAAAAUUCCUUUUUUGCUGCUUAGGGAUCAGUAACGGUUUUUGUUUAAUCUUGUUUAUUAAUAAAUAGUAAAGAAAAGUUCACCAGUUUUUUGGGAAGUACUCGAGUAUUUUUCCGAAUACUCGUUAAAAAACUCUAGAAUACGAGUACUAGGAAUUUUAUACUCGUACUCGCCUAUCUCUGUCGUACGCUGGAUUUUCUUUUACCGUGGUAAACUUCGAUAAAGACCUUUUUUACCAUUAUCGAUGGUAAAUUAUCGAAGCUUGUGUGAUUAAUGUUUUUAUGCAUAGAAUAGAAGAAGUUAAUAUCAAUGAAAAACAUAAAAAAACGUUUCCAUUUACAACUACUUCACUUUGUAGUUUGUCUUUGAGAAAAAAAGAGUUGGUGUGUAACGAGAAAAGUUGAACUUCAUAGAAUUUGAAACAUUUUUCUAUAUCUUCUCCGUUUCCGUCCGAUUUGAUAAAGGAAAAAAAUUCUUUUUACAAGCAUUGUUGUGCACGCGCUUGUAAAAUUUACUUUCUACUAUAAGUUAUUCUUUGCUAGUGGUUACAACGUCAAAAAGUUAAAAUGGAAGUUCGGUAAAAAAAUUUUUACCGUCACCGCUUAUCCCUACUCGGCAUGCUCUACGGUCUCUAGACUUGCAGCCGGUCGCAUACACCCUGCUAUCUUAGAUAUCGUUUUAAAUUCAAAAAAAGAAUUUUUACGAUUAAAACGAAAGAUGUGAAGAGAUUGGAGCUACGGAAUUGUUUGUCAGUAAUACGUCCUUGUUUAUGUCCUAAUACAAACCAGGAUGCAGAAAAAAUAUGAUAGAUUUUUCUAGCCCUUCUUCGACUUAUUUAAAAUAAAAGAUUUGUUUAUUUUUAGCAGUGAACAACAAACAAUAGAUGAACAAGCAAUUAAAAUUGAAUUGGAUUCUAAACAUAUAUUACAUGGUGAUUUAACAUUACCAUCGAAUUCAAUUGGUUUAGUUUUAUUUGCUCAUGGUAGUGGUAGUUCACGUUUAUCGCCACGUAAUAAAUAUGUUGCUCAACAAUUAAAUCAGGCUCGAAUUGGGACAUUUCUACUUGACUUACUCACUGAAGACGAAGAAAUAGAAGAUAAUAAAACACGAAAAUUAAGAUUUAAUAUAUCGUUCUUAUCUGAUCGACUAUCACAAGUAACGGACUGGUUAUGCCAAAAUAACGAACACGUUAAAAAAUUACCAUUAGGAUUUUUUGGAGCGAGCACGGGUGGUGCAGCUGCAAUUAUUACCGGUGGUGUUAAACAACAGAGACGAACAAAAGCAAUUGUAUCAAGAGGUGGACGACCGGAUUUAGUUCCUCAAGAACAAUUGAAUCAACUUACUGUUCCAACAUUGUUAAUUGUUGGUGGUGCCGAUACUGAUGUAAUCAAAAUGAACAAAGAAGCUUAUUCACUAAUGACACAAUUGAAAGAUGAUGACAAACAAAAAUGUUUAAAACUGAUACCCGAUGCAACGCAUUUAUUUGAAGAAGAAGGAGCCUUAGAGCAAGUAUCAAAACUGGCAACACAAUGGUUCAAAGAAAAUUUUCAACAAACUUGA